AUGUGCGAGAAAUGCGCCAAGAUUCCUGCUGCUGAUGCUGAGCAAGCUGUUCAGAAUGUUCGCAAAGCCUUCAGACGCCGUAAAGAGUUAAUCAACGCCAUAUACAACCUAUGCGAUAGAGCAGAGGACCAAUAUCGCUCAAUUGGUAUAUCUUACCACUCUACUCAGCAGGGUGCACGGCACCCAGACCACUUCCCCGCCGAGCGUCUGAACCGAUUGAAGCAAGCCUUUGAAAUAUCUAGCAUCGAAGAGUAUGAUGCGGUCUUUGCACAUUGGAAGAAGAUAGUUGACGAUCUGACUCACAUCAGCCGAACGCAUUUUAGGCGUAGUGGCACCGCGGAAGAACUGUGGCAUCGUCUCAACAUUGAACUUGAACCUGCAUUCGACAAGACAUAUCAAGACUACAUAAGAGCUCAAGAUGGGUUACAAGAUCUCAACAAGGAUGUGAACGAGUUGCUGAAUGUCAGCAUACGGUUCAACUACACGGAUAACAUGGGUCUGCGAUAUAUGUGGUGUGACCCGACGGGUACUGAUCAUACUCCACGCCGUCAGGGCCAAGAGUGGGCGACGUAUUGUGCUUGGAUCUCGAGUCUGCCCGAGACGCAGCGUUCGGUUGGAUCAAGGACGGUUGAUGAGAUUGCGUUGGAGCUUCUCUACGCUUCGCCAGACGAAAUUAUCGAUGAGUAA